AUGGAAUCUGCAGAGCACUCAUCCCAGCCAAACCUCAUCAACCCAGUCACUCGCUACGAGGACUUCAAGUUUGAGUUUCCCCCGAACACCUACCCCAAACAGGUCCUUCAGACAAGCUUCAAGUACCCGCCGGACUGCGGAGAGAAGAGUUAUGUUGGGAGUGGUCGUCUCAAGGGUCGCCGUGCUCUUGUCACUGGAGGUGACUCAGGCAUCGGAAGAGCCGUUGUCAUUGCUCUAGCUCGAGAGGGAGCUAAAGUGGCGAUCAACUACCUUCCCGAGGAGGAGCCAGAUGCCAAGGAUCUCGCACAAUUCCUGGACAAAGAUCACCACGUCAAGAACGACCUGAUCAGAAUCCCGGGAGAUCUCAGGAGCAAGUCCUUUUGCUACGAGCUCGUCCACAAAGCAAGCGAAAAGCUGGGCGGGCUUGACCUCGUCGUGAAUAACGCUGGAUUCGCCGCCAAAUUUGAGGAUUUUGACAAGCAGGACCCCGAAGUGUGGGACCACAUCUUCAAGGUCAAUGUUUACGCAGGUCUGCACAUCACCCAAGCAGCUGCACCGAUUCUUCCUCCAGGGUCUUCCAUCAUAUUCACCGUGUCGUCCGUGGGCAUUUCUCCCCAGCCUGGAGUGAUUGCCUACUCAGCUACCAAGGGCGCGCUCCGCAACUUUGUCAACGGCGCCGCAUCAGAGCUCAUCAAGAAAGGCAUCAGAGUCAACGGCGUCGCCCCGGGUUUCACGUACACCCCAGCGCUGGUGAUGGCCGGGUUAAAGGAGGAUGAGGUUGAUCAGCUAACCUCUACGAUAGAGCCAAUAGGACGUCUUCAGCAGCCGGCUGAACUGGCUCCUGUGUACGUGACUCUGGCAGAUGUUCAGGCAUCUUACGUCUGUGGCAGCAUUUAUGGAACUCACGGGGGUAUCUUGGCUGCCUAUUAG